AUGAGCCACAGUGAGGGGGCUGCCGGAGCCCUAGCUGGCACUCCUGUGCCUCAGGAGUUGCUGGAAGAAAUGCUUUGGGCUUUUCGGGUAGAAGAUGCAUCUCCUUGGAAUUACGCCAUGCUCGUCCUGGCUUCCGUAGUGGUUGUCAUAAGCGCCGUCCUCCUGGGAAGGAGUAUCCAGGCAAACAGAAAUCAGAAGAUGCUGCCACCAGAAAAACAAACUCCAGCCGUCCUGUAUUUGACCGAGGCCAGCAACAAAGAUGACAACACAGUGAACACCCAAAGAGAAACUCUGCUCUCAGAAAACCCAAACUUGGCCCAAGUGGAAAUUGAAUUAAAAGAGAACGAUGUCCCUUCAGUUCUUUUUCCAGACCCAACAGAAUCUGAAAGCUAA